UUUCCAUUUGACCCUCGUUCAGAAAACCAACAAGAAGAAGAUUUUUUUUUUUUUCUUGUUGCGUCUUCAUUGGUUUUCUGUCUCGCCACUCUUCUUCCUCUUCCUCCUCCUCCUCCUCCUCAGCGCGCCAAGCUUGUUCUCGCAAACAAAGAAAACCAUGAUGAGCGGAUUCCCAGCCACCGCGGUCAUGGCCUCGGCGCUCGACCCGACCAACGCGGCGGCGCUGGAAGACCUGCUCAACGUUGUCCCCACUCCGCACUCGGACACGAAGCCGCCGUACCCAUACGCCGCCCUCAUUGCGCGCGCCAUCCACGACUCGCCCGAGCGCCGCCUCACCCUCAACGAAAUCUACAAGUGGAUUGAGGAGAACUUUCCCUACUACAAGGAGCAAGACCACUCGUGGAAGAACUCCAUCCGGCACAAUUUAUCGCUUAAAAAGUUCUUUUUAAAGGUCGCCAAGGCCGUUGACGACAAGGGAAAGGGCGCAUGGUGGAUGCUCGACUACGAGCAGCUCGAGUCCAUGGACCGCAUCGGUCGCAGGCGGUCGGCGUCGGAAACGGGUGUGCGCCCCAGCACCCGCAUGAUACCAACGAGCCUGCUUCCCAUGGCGGCUUCGGGCGUCGCUUUUGGCGGCGAUGCCAUGCUUUCGCCGGCGACGCCGGGGUCCAGCGCGCCGUACGGCAUGCCUGGCGGUGACUUUGCGCAGUCGAUUGGGUCGCCCAAUAAAGUGGCAACCUCGACAGGCUUCCACCCUUCCCCAAAACGCCGAACGACCUCAGUCAGCAUCAUGCCCAUGUCUGGCAUGUCUGGCAACGGCUACUUUAGCACCAGUGCGCCCACUCCGCAGUGGAUGGUACCUGAUGCGAGCGGCGUUCUGGCUGAAGAGAACCACAGCCUCGGUCCUCUCCCUGUUUCCGCGCCAAACGAGUCGCCGGUUCGCGCCACUGCACGCUCACGCCGGGCAAACAGCGUUCUUGAUGCCUCCAGCCAGUCGUUCGAUGAUAGUGGCAAUAUGUAUGCAAUGAUGACUCUGCAUCCGCCACAGCACUCGACCGACCGAAACCAUCACGCACAACAGCAGCAGCAGCAGCAACAACAACAACAGCAACAACAACAACAACAACUACAGCAGCAGCAACAACAACAGCAUCAGCAGCAGCAGCAGCAGCAGCAGCAGCAGCAGCAGUACCAACUCGCCCAAUACCAGCAACUACAGCAAGCCCAGAUGCAACAACACCACGGAAAGUUCAUGAGCGCGCCAAGCACCCCGGCCCCGUCGCAGUUCGCCCCUCUUCUUGCCGGUGGUGGUGGCGUGCCUGUUUCUCACAGUGGCACGGCGACUCCCCAUCCGUACGGCUUUGGUGUCAACAACUACUCGCUUGCGUCGACUGCAACAGCCAAUGCAACAACAUUCACCGAUGACCACUCUCCUGAUGAGCACAUGUUCGAGUCCGGUGCGUUCUCUCUGGACCACAUCUCAGGAGAGGAUUUGGAGGCAACAAUUGCUGCAGCGGGACAGCUCGAUCCCAGCACAGAUUUGAUGUCGGCAAUCGGGGACAACCUGUUUGAAGGCAGUGAUUUGAUUUCCGACCAGCCGCUGUCGGCCAGCAUGGAUGGAUUUUCGUCCCAGACGCUGACGGAUGCUACUUUGCGCAGCGUAUCGACAGGCCUCGCGUACUCUGCUUCGUCCAGCGGUCGAAGCACGCCCGUGAACACGCCCCAGGUCGCGACUACGACUGGCACCCGCGGUCGCAAGUCCUCGCUCCGUCUCAAUUUGAACGCGUUCGGCGAAGGAGCUGCUUCUGCCGCGUUGUCUGCCUCUCUGUCGGCACCGUCCGCCAUUUCUCCUGCGGCAAUCCCCGAACAGCCGUCCGCUGCGGCGCACCAGGCAUUGCGAGGCACUGGCAUGGCAGUGACCACUGCUGCCUCGGCUGCUGCGCCCGCUCAGCAAUCGUCCCAGCUGGUCAAAGGAUCUGGCAACCGAACGGUGGUCUCGCGCCAGCACUCGGGAGGGGUCACGUCCUCGCGCUCAAUGUCGACCGCCUCUGACAACAUGCUGACUGGCCAUGCUGGAUACAUUGAUGCUCUCGACAUUGGACACACCCCUUCCUCCUUCAGCGGCAGUAGCACUUCCACCAACGGGAACAGCUCGGUCAGCAUUGGAUCGCUUGCCGUGAGCCCAACAUCCAUGUCCUACCCUGCCGUCGACUUCUCUGCCAACCUGCAACAGUAUCUGCCCGAAGCAGACUACAUGAUUGGUGACGACGAGUUGACUGGAGGCGUGACCGAUCUCGACUGGAAUGACAUUGGCAACCCGGCCGAUCCGGACUUGCUAUUACUGGAUGCUCGCCACACCGCACAUCCCGCCGAGCAACAACACCACUACUCGUCGUCGUAUGGCCAACAGCAACAGCAACAACAACAGCAGCAACAACUGCUGCAGCAACAACAUCAACAGCACCACUCUGCGGGUCGCUCGUCGUUCUCUUCUGCCGGUCUUCCAAACAAGGCCCAACCGGCCCCGCCAGCCAUGUUGUCUUCACCCGGCCGCCUGCAAAUGGCCAGCCCAGCAAGCAUGCCUUUCUCCACUCCAUCCCACACCUCGCACAGCGAGCAUUCCGAGUCUUCGUCUGGUCUUAUUACCCCACGCAUGCGCCACGCGAACGAUUCGUUCGACGCUGGUCACUCUCAGUUUGGCAACCUCCAUUUUGCCACUGGUUCCGCGAGCGAGCAGCUGAUGCUUGAUCAUUCCGACCUGCCGUCGUCUCUGCUACUGGCCGACUAUGAGUCGCUCUCCAACCUGGGUGCCUUGCCCAAUAGUGGUGAGAUGAUGGCCAAUGGCUUGUCGGAUCUCGAUUGGGGGCAGUGAACAGUGACGUUGUUGCCUCAAGCAACCACCGCCGUGGAAUUGCGACUGAUUGCUAGAGAGAUGUCGCAAUUUUUUUUUUCCUCUCUCUCCCUCGAGUUUUUGGACACUCUAAUUCUUUGAAACAAGCGCUGCAUUCAAUUGCAGUCGCUCUCCUCUGCCUUGUCUUCAUUUUACUUGAUAAUUCUUUCUUCUGUACUUUGCCUUUUGAUUCUUCUUCUUCUUCUUCUUCUUCCUUUUUUCGGCAACCAAUCUCUGCCUUGUACUUUGCUUCCUUCCUCUCCCCCCGUACAUUAUUGUUUUCAGUUUUUUAGUUUGGUUAUUUUGUUUUUCUUCUUCGUUGGUUUGAUGGUUCUCAGGCUCGACCUCCUCGAGCUUUGCCCUCAUGUCGCGGAUCAUUUUCUCGCGCUCUGGAGACCGAUACAGUACUUGUUUCGUGCUAGCUGUAGCCAAGUCGCGAAUCCAUGCAUUUUGUGCGACAACCGUUUGGUCGAUCGGCCGGACGCUUGUUACGCGCGGUGUUGUCGCGUUCGUCGUUGCUUGUACUUGUUCUUUGUCGUUUCGAGUGAUUUGAGCCGUUUUUGCUAGCAUGAACAAACAGAUUUUUCGUCUUUGAGUGGAUGAUGAAAUGUUCAAACCUCGUCUGAACAUCUCGUUGACAGUGGCCAAACAAGUGCAUCACCAAAGAAGGAAAGGAGAACGAGGAGAACGAAGCAUGUCAAAACAUGCACUCGGUUUGGCAGUUGCACGGAUUGAUUGUGAUCUCAGAUCAAGGGCCUUGCUUUGUCACCAGCAAGCGGAAGUGCGCUAAUUGCUGACGCAUCGCAUUCAUCCGACGGGUCGGAUUUUGUGUUGUUUGUUUGUGGUUGUGAUUGUUGUUUGCUGUUUGUUGUUGUGGUUUCUGUUUGUUUGUUUGCUCGCCCGAUGACUUUGCUCAAUCCCGAUGACUUUUUUCAUUCGCGCGCCGCCGCCCAAUCGUCGCUCCUGAUGCAAGAUCGCUCUUUUAGACCUAUUUCUCUUUGUUCAUGUCGCUGAAUUUCGCCAUGCUUUUUUCUUGGAUUUUGUGCAACAACUCGGAUUAGUGCGGCUUGGAAACGGG